CGCGCGGGUCCCGAUGCACAAGUGGCGGCGACCCUCUGCGGAGAUGAAGGCGGACUCCGACGGGCUCUGAGUUUCCACUGCCCUUUUCAUUCAGGAGCUCGGUUCGCCACUGGUUAUCAAUAUGGCAGAACCGUUAUCCCAGGCACCCCCUGCUACAAAAAUGGCGUCACUGAACCGGGUCCGAGCUCUGGCGAUGAUUUUCUUAACUGUCACGGGCUGUUGUGUGGCCCCGACAAGUGGCAAGGAAGGGUCCGAGGAGACCGUCAUCAUCGGCCUGAGGCUGGAGGACACGGACGACAUUUCCUUCAUGGACAGGGGCUACCUGCGGCUGAGUGAGCGCUCCCGGGUGAAGCUGAGGAUCUACGGGCAGAACAUCAACAACGAGACCUGGUCCAAGAUCUCCUUCACGGAGCACGAGCGCAGCCGGAGCGUUGACAGCUCCUCGUGGGAUAACCAGAGCCAGGAGGAACUGUCCAGCCCGCAUCCCUGCGGCAUCAGGACCUCGGAUAUAAUCAUAUUGCCCCACAUCAUCCUGAGCCGAAAGACAACGGGAAUAGUUGAAGUCGAGGUCAAACCUCUGCGGAAAACGGAGAGGAGUAAAUCGUACUACCUUUGCAUCGCCACCUCCACACCGGCCCUGAUCGGGAUGCACGACCCGUGGACGGAGACCACUUGGAUCUACCACAACGGGGAUGACACCAACGUGAUCGUGGUGGAGGAGAAAAAGUUCCUGCUGCCCUUCUGGCUCCAGGUCAUCUUCAUCUCCAUGCUGCUCUGCCUGUCGGGUAUGUUCAGCGGGUUGAACCUGGGGCUCAUGGCCCUGGACCCCAUGGAGCUCCAGAUCGUCCAGAACUGCGGCACGGAGCGGGAGAAGAAUUACGCGAAGAAAAUCGAGCCGGUCCGCAGCCAAGGGAAUUACUUGCUUUGCUCGCUCCUGCUGGGGAACGUGCUGGUGAACACCACGCUGACCAUCCUGCUGGACGACAUCGCCGGCUCGGGCUUGAUCGCGGUGGUCAUGUCCACCAUCGGGAUAGUGAUCUUUGGGGAGAUCGUGCCCCAGGCCAUCUGCUCCAGACACGGCCUCGCAGUCGGGGCCAACACCAUUUUCCUCACCAAGUUCUUCAUGCUGCUCACCUUCCCCGCCUCCUACCCGGUGAGCAAGCUGCUGGACUACCUGCUGGGACAGGAGAUCGGAACCGUGUACAACCGGGAGAAGCUCCUGGAGAUGCUGCGCGUCACGGACCCGUACAACGACCUGGUGAAGGAGGAGCUGAACAUCAUCCAGGGCGCGCUGGAGCUCAGGACUAAGACCGUGGAGGACGUGAUGACGCCGCUGAGGGAUUGCUUCAUGAUCCCGGGGGACGCCACCCUGGACUUCAACACCAUGUCCGAGAUCAUGAAGAGCGGCUACACGCGCAUCCCGGUGUUCGAGGGCGAGAGGUCCAACAUCGUGGACCAGCUCUUCGUCAAGGACCUGGCCUUCGUGGACCCGGAUGAUUCCACGCCGCUCAAAACCAUCACUAAGUUUUACAGCCACCCGUUGCACUAUGUGUUCAAUGACACCAAGCUGGACGCGAUGCUGGAGGAGUUCAAAAAAGGGAAGUCCCACCUGGCCAUAGUUCAGAGGGUGAACAACGAAGGUGAGGGGGACCCUUUCUACGAGGUCCUGGGUAUCGUCACCCUUGAGGACGUUAUAGAAGAAAUCAUCAAGUCAGAGAUCCUGGACGAGACUGACUUGUACACUGACAACAAGACGAAGAAGAAAAUCACCCAUCGGGAUAGGAAGCAGGAUUUCUCGGCCUUCAAGCCGAACGACAAUGAAAUGAAGGUUAAAAUAUCACCUCAGCUUCUGCUGGCUACCCUGCGUUUCCUAGCAACAGAGGUGGAGCCUUUCUCACCGGUGCAGAUGUCAGAAAAGAUCCUGCUGCGCCUGUUGAAGCAUCCGAACGUCAUCCAGGAGCUGAAAUACGAUGAGAAGAACAAGCGGGCGGCAGAGCACUACCUCUUCCACAGGAACAAGCCCGUGGACUAUUUCCUCCUCGUCCUGCAGGGGAAAGUGGAGGUGGAGGCAGGAAAGGAGGGGAUGAAGUUUGAAGCAGGACCGUUCUCCUUCUAUGGGCUGAUGGCCCUGACAGCGUCGCCAGUCCCUCUGUCCCUGUCUCGUACCUUUGUGGUCAGUAGAGCUGAGUCAUUAGCAGGAUCUCCAGAAAAUAAAUCUCCUCCACGGCCGUUUGGACUGAACCACUCGGACUCUCUGAACAGGAGCGAUCGCAUCGACGCCAUCACCCCGACUCUGGGCAGCAGCAACAACCAGCUCAACUCCUUCCUGCAGAUCUACGUUCCUGACUACUCAGUCAGAGCGCGCUCAGACCUGCAGUUUAUAAAGAUAACGCGCCAACAGUACCAGAACGCCGUGAUGGCGUCGCGGAUGGACAAAACCCCCCAAUCCACAGACAACGAGUUCACCAAGAUCGAGCUCACGUUGACGGAGCUCCACGACGGCGUGGAGACCUCAGCCGUGGUCACCACCACAACCAGCACAACCAGCACCACCCCCGCCGUGUCCAUAGCUGUGUCCAAUGAGACGUCCCAUCUGCUCAGCCCCCAGCAGAACUGUGUGGGCCUCAGCAGGAGCAACCACAGCGCCCACAACGAGGCACCCAUCUAG